UCAUCAAAGCUCGUACUCAACAUCAAAGCGAUAAAACAUCACUUAUUCCCAAAAUUUCAGGUUGUUUGUAAAGAAUUUUCUCUUGCUUUGUGACUGCUAUGAAUGCUGAAGCAGAAAAUGAGGGUCGACCAGGAAGGUCACAGCGCCCCAAUAACCCACUCUUCAACAUGAGAGAGAGGUUAUUCCAUGCCUUGUUUUACAGAGUGGCUUUAACAUAUGCAAGGGCCUUCCCAAAACCGGUUCGCAGGAUCCUAGAAUUUGCCAUCUUACUGAAGGCUCUUUUAGUGUUGGGGAUCCUUGCCUACAUACACAUAGUUUUUGCUCGCACCCCAAUCAACUGCCUGGCAAAUGUACAAAACACUUGGCCAAGGAAUGGAAUUCUCAGAGUAGAAAUUGUCCACAAUGCAUCUGAGAACUACAGCAUCAUUAACUCAUAUGAAAAAGAAUACUCCGACUUUACCUUGCAUUUCUUCAACGAUGAUAGCGAGGCGAGCAUCGAAGAAGGCGUAGACUCAGAAAGCUCCGAGGGAGAGGAGGGGCACAUUGGGGAAGAUGAAACAGAGGGAAAAGCUGGACACCAUGAGAGUGGGCAGGAGAAAGAACUGGUGGAAAAAAGGGACAUAAAUGUGGAAGGGGUUGACGAGGGAAAGACCACUCUUAAUGGUAGUCAAGCUCCUGCGGAGUUCUCUGAGCAGACCAAUGCCAGUGGUGGGUUACCUGGUGCUGAUACUAAGGAGGCCUUGUUUUCUGAUGACUCUCAUUUACAUAUGGAGGGGAACACCACCUACUCACCACCGGAGAAACAAAAAAUGUACGAGAAUCCCGCCUCUUACCAUCUCUCAGAAAUUGAAAUGCUGGCCAAAGUGGUUUGGCCAGAGGAGAAAUAUAUUGUGGAAUAUGCUCUAGAAUAUGGAUUUCUGAGACUCUCCCCUAAAACCAGACAGAGGCUUAACAUCACAGUGAUGCUAGUGACUCUGGAUCCAGAAAAGGAGAGUUGUUUUGGAGACAGCAUCAGUCGAUUCCUGUUGGCCGAGUUUCUGGGAUACGAUGACAUUCUCAUGUCCAGCAUCAAACAGUUGGCCGAGAAAGAGGACAAUAAAGGAUACCUUCGGAAUGUUGUGACUGGGGAACACUACCGCUUUGUCAGUAUGUGGAUGGCUAGAAGCUCCUACCUGGCUGCAGCCUUCAUCAUGCUCGUCUUUACGGUGUGUGUUUCUACCUUACUGAGAUAUUCUCAUCACCAGAUCUUUAUCUUUAUUGUGGACCUGCUACAGAUGCUGGAGAUGAAUGUUACCAUAGCGUUUCCUGCUGCUCCACUUCUAACUGUUAUUCUGGCUCUGGUUGGAAUGGAAGCCAUCAUGACCGAGUUCUUUAACGAUACGACAACAGCAUUCUACAUUAUCCUGAUUGUUUGGAUUGCCGACCAGUACGAUGCUAUCUGUUGCCAUACCAACAUCGGUAAACGACACUGGCUCAGAUUUUUCUAUCUGUACCACUUUGCGUUUUACGCUUACCACUAUAGAUUUAACGGUCAGUACAGUGGACUCGCUCUGUUUACGUCCUGGCUUUUCAUUCAGCAUUCCAUGUUGUACUUUUUCCAUCACUAUGAGCUGCCAGCAAUUUUACAGCAGGAAAGAAUUCAGCAAAUUGUCACCAACCAACAAAACAACCAGCACACCCAGACUGGUGCAGGGAACAACAUCCAACCGGACGCAAACCACAACACCGAGCAAGGGGCGGCACCAGAUACCAGACGACCAGGCCAGACAACCGAGAAUGGAAGACAAGUAACAGGCAAUGUAACACAAGGAGAAGAAGCAAGCAAUACUGAGCAAAGACAAGAAACCAGCAACCAAGCCACAAUUGCAACAGGAAACCAGCUGACAACUGGUUCAGACACCACACAACAGAGCAAUGUACCAGGAGAAACACAGAGACCAGACAAUUCACUAACAGAUACCACUGACAACAGACAACAGAAUGCAAACUUAAACUCUCAGCAGACCAGUUAUCAACAAGCAAAUGAAAACAACUCAGAAGUAACCAGCAUAGGAGUUCAGCCAGCAGGUGCCUCUGAUAAAAAACAAUUAACAAAAAGAAAACAAACAAGUCCAGCCAGUUCUCCUACUGCAUCAGCAUCAUAUUCUGAUUUUACUGUACCAUCAAAUCAAAUCAGUCUAAGACACAGAAAUGUAUUGGUUACUGACAAUAAUGUAGAAAGUGACUCAAUACAACAAACUGUAGAGAAAAUGGACUCUCAUACAUCUGUGCACCAGGACUCAAAACCCGAGAUUUCUGGUGCUCAAAGAAAAUCUGUGCCAUUUGAUGUAACUUUAUCUGAUCAAUCUGGUGCUUCAGUCUCAUAUAUUAACUGCCACUCUGGAAGUGGAAAACGUUUAAACAGUGAUAAAUUGUGUUCUGAAGAAGAAGAUCCUAAAGUAAACAGUUCUAUUGAAGAAAGGUGAUAUUGACUGAAGUUAAACUUCAUUGAAAGGUUCAAGUGCAAUGAUGUUUGAUGUAAUAUAAUACCCCUGAUCUUUCGCUUUUACUAAAUUCCUGGCUGUUGUGUACUUGUGACUAGCAGUGCAUGUGUGAUGGUAUGAAUUCUGUGAUGAAAAUAAAAGGAAUACAUGUAUAUAAUUAUGUGUUUGUUAGAAAUGAAAUUAAAAUUCUUAUCUUUA